UUUCUUUGCUUUUUUUCCCCCCUUCUCUGCCUUCGUUCGACUGUAGCACCUUUAUUCCGAACGUUAAACCUGAUGAUAGUUCUAACGCAAAAUCCAAACCCUGGUUUGCUGCUGUAGUACGGGUCAGCUCGUACUCCUCCAGUGAAGCUCUCAACUGUUUCAAAAAAAUUCUCGGGAACCCGAAGAAUUAUUUGCGAAAGAAUUGAGGGCAAAGUGACUGGUUUUGAGAUUAAAGAAUAUUUUCCCGCUCUGAUACCAUAUCGAAGUCUCUUUCUUUCUCCGAGUCCAAGCAAACAGCAAUUUUCCCGGCUUUAUUUUCCCGUCUGUAAUGGGAGUAUUUUUUUCUACUUUAAAUUUGGCCGAUAGAGGUCGAAGGGGCCAAGUCGAAGGGGAAGGCGGAGGAGGAUACAAUGAUAAAUAAUAUAUUUUAAAAUCAUUAUAGAGGUUCUCUUAUUUAUUUUAUCAGCGGCGCAUCUUCACAUUUUGAUUCGGUUGGCUUCGGUAAAUUGCGAUGUCCUGAAUUUUUUUUUUCCACCCCCUUCCAAUUUAAUCCCCUCUUCUUCUCCUUCUUUCUUCGACUCCUGAGAUCCUUUCUUUAUAUUUAAUUGAAAAGUAGAAAGAAGCGUGCGCUGAUUUGUCCCCCAAAUUGGAAAAAAAAAAACAAAUAUUAAACAAAGCAGUUUUCAUUAAGGGGCUUUCCUUCUUUUGAGAAGAACACGGUGGUAGUCUAUUAUUCACCUCUCUUCUACUUUAUCUUAUCCCAAUAUUAUAGAGCAGUAUAUAGACAAAGAGGGAGGGGGUUGUUUCAUUUUUGUCCCUUUUCGGAUUUUGAAGAAAUUGAAGAAGGAAGUUUGAUGGGUUGGGAGACGGGAUCAGGAACAAGAGGAGUAAGGGGGAAGUGGUGGAGGAAUAGGACUACGGUGGCCGUGGUUUGGGUUGUGGUCUCGAUGGCGAUAUGCAUUGGGCUACAUUGGUAUUUUAGGUGGGAUAGCAUGAGAAAAGCCAAGGAUAACUUGGUCACCAUGUGCGAUGAGAGAGCCAGGAUGCUUCAGGAGCAGUUCCAUGUUAGUGUCAACCAUGUUCAUGCUCUUGCCAUCUUGGUCUCCACCUUUCACUUUCAGAAGCAACCCACUGCCAUGGAUCAGCGAACAUUUGCUCAUUACACGGACAGAACAUCAUUUGAGCGACCAUUAUUGAACGGGGUUGCAUAUGCACAGCGUGUUCUUCACUCUGAAAGAGAGAAGUUUGAGAAUUUGCAGGGGUGGACUAUCAAGACCAUGAAACAAGAGCCAUCACCUAUUCAAGAUGAAUAUGCUCCUGUUAUUUUCUCUCAAGAGACUGUCUCCUAUAUUGAAGCCAUUGAUAUGAUGUCUGGCGUUGAAGAUCGUGAGAAUAUCCUAAAGGCUAGAGCUACAGGCAAAGCUGUUCUUACAAGUCCAUUUAGGCUUCUUGAAUCCAAUCAUCUAGGUGUAGUUUUAACAUUUCCAGUUUACCUCUUGGGUCUUCCUGCAGACGCAACAGUUGAAGAGCGGGUCGCAGCAACUGCAGGAUAUAUUGGCGGGGCUUUUGAUGUUGAAUCACUUGUGGAAAAUUUACUGAGACAACUUGCUGGCAGUCAGGAUAUACUGGUGAAUGUGUAUGAUAUUACUAACAGAUCUUUGCCAUUAGUAAUGUAUGGACCUCAAAAUCCGGAGGGUUAUAUGUCUCUUUCACAUGAUAGUACACUUGAUUUUGGAGAUCCAUACAGAAAGCACCAGAUGAAUUGCAGGUACAGAAUGAAGCCUCCCAUCUCGUUGGGGGCUAUUACUACUCCGUCCGGUGUCUUUGUGAUAUGUAUGCUUGCAGGAUAUAUACUAUAUGCUGCUUGGAUUCGCUAUGACAAUGUAAGAGAGGAUUGUCGAAAGAUGGAAGAGCUAAAAGUCCAAGCAGAGGCCGCAGAUGUAGCUAAAUCUCAGUUUCUUGCUACUGUUUCACAUGAGAUAAGGACACCAAUGAAUGGCGUCCUUGGUAUGCUAGAUAUGCUUUUGGAUACAGAUCUGAACUUGACUCAGAAGGACUACGCUCAAACUGCUCAACUGUGUGGGAGAGCACUAAUAACAUUGAUUAACGAAGUGCUCGACCGGGCAAAAAUUGAGGCUGGGAAAUUAGAGCUUGAGGAAGUACCAUUUAACCUACGUUGCGUCCUGGAUGAUGUGCUCUCUUUGUUCUCUUCAAAGUCACGAGAGAAGGGAAUCGAGCUUGCUGUCUUCGUCUCCAGCAAAGUCCCUGAGGUUGUUAGAGGUGAUCCAGGGAGGUUUCGGCAAAUAAUAACAAAUCUCGUGGGAAAUUCGGUUAAAUUUACUGAGCGAGGCCACAUAUUUGUCCACGUUAGCUUGGCAGAGGCCUCCAAUACAGAAUUGGGUGCAGAAGUUGAUGGAAGCCCAAAAGCAUGGGUAAAUGAAGUUGAUGUUAAAUCAAGUGGUUCUGGAUUCAAAACUUUAAGUGGACUGGAAGCUGCUGAUAACAGGAACAGUUGGGAAAAUUUUAAGAUGAUGCUUUCUUGCGAGAAAUUCUCCUCUAUUGUUAUGGAAAAAGGGAAACCGAAUGAGAAAGUUUCAGGCUAUGUAACUAUUUUGGUAUCAGUCGAGGACACUGGAACUGGGAUUCCAUUACAUGCCCAAGAUCGAGUCUUUGCACCAUUUAUGCAAGCGGACAGCUCGACUUCAAGGAAUUAUGGAGGAACAGGAAUUGGCUUGAGUAUAAGUAAAUGUCUAGUGGAAAUGAUGGGCGGGCAGAUAAACUUCAUAAGCCAGCCUAAUAUCGGAAGCACAUUUACUUUUACUGUUGUUCUCCAAGAAUGCAAGAAAACUGCUGUUGGUGACAUGAAGAGGCCAGUUUCUGAAACUCCACUGAGUUGUUUCAGAGGGAUGAAAGCUGUUCUAGUUGAUGGAAAACCAGUUAGAGGAACUGUAACAACUUACCAUCUACAGAGGUUGGGCAUAGUCGUUGAAAUUGCAAAAAGUAUCGAGAUGGGACUUGGAGCAUUUGUAGGAAAAAGCUUCUGUUUGAAAUCUUGCGUGGAGCGAAAACCUCCGAAUAUAUUAUUAGUUGAGAAAGAAUUAUGGAGUUCAGAGAUAGAGGAUUACUUGCGUACUCAGUUGCUUGACUUGAAACAGAAAGGUCAAAUACCUGAAUUACCAAAGGUUAUCCUUCUGGUAACCUCUGAAUCUGAUAAACCAGCAGUUGGCUCUCUUGUGUCUACUGUUAUCAUGAAACCUCUUCGAGCAAGCACGGUGGCAGCUUGUUUCCAAGAGCUCCUAGGCAUAGGAAAGCAACAGAAGAAAGAAAUUCCAAAUGAGUCGGCUUUCCUUCGUGGCCUACUGAUAGGGAAGAAUAUUCUGGUGGUUGAUGAUAACAAGGUAAAUCUAAGAAUUGCUGCAGCUGCCUUGAAGAAAUACGGAGCGAAGGUGGAGUGUGCAGAUAGUGGGAAAGAAGCUCUUUCUCUACUUCAGUUGCCACACAAGUUUGAUGCCUGCUUCAUGGAUGUUCAGAUGCCAGAAAUGGAUGGGUUUGAGGCAACUCGACAGAUCCGGUUAAUGGAGAACAAGGCAAAUGCCUCUAUGGCUGCCAAUCCAAAUGCUUCUGCAGCAGUCUCUACCUACGAGUGGCACUUGCCGAUUCUUGCCAUGACUGCUGAUGUCAUCCAAGCAACAUAUGAGGAGUGUAUGAAAUGUGGAAUGGAUGGAUAUGUAUCGAAACCCUUUGACGAAGAGAUGCUCUACAAGGCCGUGGCUAAGUUCUUGGUAUCCAAACGCAUACACGAGACUUGACCCAGUUCUCCCUGACAUUAGCAUUGUAUGUUAAAGAUGGCAUGGUCAUUAAACAGAAAGUAGCAUUGUCUUAUGACAUGUUUAUAACGUGCAUAAGUCUUCAUGCAGAUAAUUGAGCAAAGGGUAGUGGCUGGUGGUGUACGCUACUAAUAUCUGGUUGGUGUACAUUCUGUUUGAAUCUAGAUAGAAGCAGCAGCGUCAUUUUGUAACCAUAACAGCCCUUGCUAUCUAGAGAGGUUAUGUACUUUGUAAAUUUCCAGCGCAAUCAUGUUAUAAAUUGGUAGUUCACAACUGAUCCUCAUUGGCCUUUUGCCUGACAACUGUUUACUCUGGCAAAAUCAUUGUUAGAAAGCAGGGGAGAAGAUAUAUAAUGACAGCUAGCUUUUUGUGACAUUUAUGAAGAUUUUUCUGCUGGUGGUUGUAGUUUC